AUGUUCACCCCGCAGAAGUCUAGUCGUCUUCUGUCUGCUUUCGACCCCGUCGCGGGUCGCUGGACGGCCUUACCUCUACGCCAGCAUACCGUGUCCAUCCGAAGGCCUUCUCCUCGCCCAGCACACAGUCGUACCGUCCGCGAGCAGCUCUCUAUCACAUCCUGCAACAUCCACGCCGUACCCUUCAAGCGCGUCGAGCGCUCCCAGCUCAUCCUCGACCGUAUUCUUGGACACAAGUCCUCCGACAUCAUCUUCCUCCAAGAAGUCGCGUCGGACGUUCGGCAGUGUGUGCUCGACGACCCCAGAGUGCGCUUGCGCUUCCUGACGUCCGAUGCGGAGGAUGACACAGCUUUCCAGGGCGUACCGUUCGCGACGAUGACGCUGCUCUCCAGUGAGCGUUUCGCCUCUCCGUUGCUCGCCGAGAAGAAGGACGUGAGCGACAGCAAGGGAGAGAGAGAAGGAGAGGGCAAGGUGAUGCUCCACAGCACCUUCCGCAUGACGCUGCCUAGCGGGUACGAGAGGGACGCGCUCUGCGUCAACUUCGACGACCCAGCCACGCCCGGCCAUGUUCUGCGCCUCCUCAACGUCCAUCUGGACUCCCUCGACUCGUCCUUCAGGCGUGCCUUCGAGGUACACCUGCUCGAUCGUCUCCUCCGCGAGGGCGGAUGCCGCGGCGGCAUUAUCGCAGGGGACUUCAACGCCAUCGACCCCACGAUGAUACGCUCGUCGAGAGUCACGGGCUAGUCGACGCCUGGGUCAAGCUACACGGGCGGACGACGGGGGCUACAUGGGGCGUGGGCGUCGAGCUCGAGAACGGACGUAGACCGCGGAGGUUGGAUAAGGUCGUUAUGCUGGGCCUGGAGCCUGUCGAUAUCGAAGUCCUUCAGCCCGGUCGCCUCAACGCCGGUACGCCCUGGAGCGACCACUGCGGGCUACGCUGCACCUUUACGGUCUGAUCUGACGUCGAUGGUCGGACCGAGAAGGGCUAUACCCUCAUGUCGCUCUGUUGGCUCGUUGUUCGUAUCGGCGACCGCUAAACGUAUGUCUGUAUGGAGAUUAUCUCUCUUCUGCGUCGACACCUUUGGCAGGUAUGCAGCAGUCAAAGAUGGCGAGAGGCAUCUACAGCGACACCUGGGACAGCUUACUAUCAAUACCUUCGCAGCUUGCCACUUUGAUGUCUCAUCUACCGGCACUCGAAGUUUUCGGAGGCUUGUAACCAGCGUGUGAACGUCACUUGAAGCACAAUCCUGAAACACAUGACGAAGCUCAAUUGAAUGGCCACAAAACGUAUCUCUCUCGGUCCGAGGCAUGAGCGGCGUUCGGUAGUCCGUGCUACCAUCACCGUAGGUGCCGACAUUCCAGUGCUUCGGGGCCACCGCCGGUUGGAGGGCGAAAAUGUAGUCUCGCCAUCACUCAAUAGCUAUAUAAACUCAGCAUCCCGGAGGCCAGAUCUGC